AUGCCUGCAGCUCAGACCUUGGUUGGCCAAAUGACCUCUCAAGCGGAGAAGGUAGCCUCUCAAGUGAGUUUUGUUUCAUUUGACAUUGUGACAUUUAAAAAAAACUAACUUGGAAAAUCAGUUUUGCAUAAUUCAAGAUCAGCAUUUCCAAAUUUUGACAUUUCCAAACUAUGCAUAAUUGAUUUUUCUAGUUAGUUUUUUCAAGUAACAGGGCUAAAAAGGACCUUAAUAACCAUCAUUCAAAAGGCUGAAUUGUGCUUUUAAAAAAAUGAGAUAUUAAUUUCUUUGUUUUGGACAAGUUAAACCACCAUGUUGGUGAUAUAUCUAAUUAAAGUGCAACUUCGAGCUUGGUAUUUCAAAACUAGUGAGAGUUCACAACUAGGAGAACUUACGGAAAUAUUUUUAGAUCGUGACCCUCAACCAAAAAACACCGCCUUAAUACCUAGGUUUGAAAUAGAAAAGCCAGCAACAUUGGUUUUAAAGAAUGUCGAUGAAACUUAUAAUGGAAUAUUCAUUUUCAACCUUCGAAAUCAAUAAUAUCCUUUGCAGUCAUAUUUAUCUGAAGUUGUUGUCAUUAAACACCAAAACUUUCAGUUUUCAAUGUUUGUUUUACCACUUUCGUUAGUUCCAGAGAGUUGCAUGCAUCAGUAUGGUUUGGCAUGGCCACGGUUAACAAAUAUCUUAAUUUUGAAAAUAUUCUAUUUGGCGAGCAAUCAUCUUUUGCAUGCUGCAGCCUUGAGUAAAACAGUUUAAUUUUGGGAUUUUCAAAUAUUGGUUUGUAUGUAUUUUGUCAGGUAAUUUACCCUCAUUUAAGAGUAAAAUACAAGUUAUAUUUGAAAAUAAAGUGUGUGCAAUUUUACUUGUAUUUUUCAGAUAGUUGAAUCCCUCUCAAUCGGCAACAUUCUUGUAUGACUAACAAAGUUUUAUUAUCCCUUGUUUCUUUGCAUUAUUAAGCAUAGUCGGAAAUGCAGGUCCAUGCACGUGGAUAAGACAUUGAGGCCAGAUGUGCAGUAAAAAUCUUCCAUAUACUAUAUAUCUUGAGUUGCACUCUAUAACCUUACAGAAUGAUUCUCUAACAUCUUACAUAGUUUCAUUACAUUUCAGAAAACCCAACUGUGACAUUGAGUUGUUCCAGUCCUGUCACAGUAAAUGAAGGUGAUAAUGUCACAUGUAUAUGUAGAGGUAAAGGUGGAAAUCCUUCAGCCAAUGUAACUUGGUAUGAUAAAGGUGGCGUCCAGAUUGUUGGAACAGGAAAAGAAGAACAGACAUUAACUCUAAGUAAUGUUGUUAACACAGCCAGUGGAACUUACAAAUGUGUAGCCAAAAGCCACACUUUAACAGAUGAAAAAUCAAUCGAAAUAAUUGUUUAUAGUAAGUAAAUUGCAUGAUAAUACAUAACGUUUUAAACGAAACUACUAGCCAAGAUAUCGUUUAUUUCAUUAAUAUUUGUGAAUAUAUCUCAAAUAGUACAGUAGGAAUAUGUAUUUUAUAGGAAAAAAGCUUACUUAUAACAAGUGACCGCGAAAGCGUAAAUUUUCGCUGAUUGAGUAGGCGUGCAAUUAAGUUUUCUAACAGUAUAAACUCGGAUCUUCUGCAGUGUAAAAAGAAGAAAAUGUCAUUUAGUAUAAAGAGUUUGUAUCUUAUUAUAGACGCAGUUCCACCUACAGUGAUAAGCCUGAGGUCGACUCCGGAAAAUGUCGUAUUUGGUGAAUCAAUUGUGAUAACGUGUGAAGCUAGCUGUGCCUUUACCAAGUUAUAUCAUAAUCCAUAACAAUACUGAGAUCGUCAGUACUCACAAGACGUAUAUUAUAACAGUUUUGAAAUACCGUGAUGCUGGGUCAUAUAAAUGUAUUGCAACAAGUAUACUGGGAAAUAGUUCAAAAGCAUUUAUAGUUUGUUUGUCGCAGGUGACUAUAACAUAUACAAUCUUUUCUAUGAUAAUUGCAUUGCCUUUUAAAAAGUAUACUGUAGUCUAUCAAGCUUAAAAUGUGAUUUCAUUUCCAGUAACGAAUACUCAACCUAAAAAAGAUUGCGAAGCAGGUAAGGUGGUUUUCUUUUCCCAACAUGGUUCAGAAAAUAUAAUGUUUGUUUUCUUUUGAGAUAUAGUCUACCCAGUACAGUACGCAGAAACAAAUUGAUUGGAAAAUUGGUAAGCCCAUAUGUGUGACUGUGUUCUUCUUAAUUUUCAGGAAAAGCAGUUUUAGAAGAAGCAAAUCGCAGUGGAGCUGUAUGCUAUAUGGUCGUGGUAAUCUUGGUUACAUUGUCUCAUGUUCUCGUCGUAAAUUUAGAAGUAGGAAACCUCAGUCAAAUCCUGAACCAAAGGCAACUGAAGCAAGAGCUUGAUCUUUCAAAAAUGAACACAGAGGAUAAUUAUAAUCAUUAA